AUGGUAUGCUUGAACCCUGGCAAGCUUAAGGAAACAUUUGUGCAGAUAUCUCUUCUAAGCCCGCACGAUGGUUCUCACAAAUUAGCAGAGGUCUCCCGUCCAGACUCAAAGAGUCCUGAGACGGCUCCGGCAACAAUCACUGACGUCAAGCAUCUGUCCUCUUACAACUGGAUGGAUGUUUCGGCGCCAACAAUUGCUUACCCCGGUAGCCUACCAUUGUGGUCUCCUCCAAAGAAGCCUCAAAAGCUGGAAAAAGACUCUGGCCUGAUUUUCGUGGCUCAAAAUGCAGCUCGCCAUCCGGACAGUCCCAUGGAACCCCUCUUUCGCGCCUUGUAUAUCGCCGACCCUUCGUUCGAUAUCCAUAUAGUGGAUUUCGUGACUGAUCGAAACAAUAUUCGCGAGCUUCUGUCGUUCAUUAAUCCCAACCUAGGAAAAAGGUUUCUCGAGCCACACGACUUCAGGGGUUUUGGCCACGCGUUCGAGAAGGCAUAUACGACAAGCCAGUUAGACGGUAGUGCUGGACACCAUCGAAUCAUCUCGUACAGAUUCGGCGACAUGAAAUUCCUCGUGCGUCAUGAAACAGACGGGUACGUUGAUAUCCCUUCGCAGCUAUCGACUCGUGCCAAGGGGCCAGAAAAUGACGAUUUAUCUAGCAUGCUAGAAUCUUUGUCUCUUGAUUCAAAUAUUGGCCCCUCCUACCCUGUUCCCAUCGAUUUCAAGUUGAUUAUCAAAGAAGUCGGCAAAGUGGUACCAAUCGAAUCGGCUCCUGAGCUUAAAACGUGUGUCUUUCACAAACCGAUCCAUAUCGAAGAGGUUCUCCCACAGCUAUGGGUAUCCCAAACACCAAAUCUCAUGGGAAAAAAGAAUAUCAAGUGGAUCUCAGAAAGCUGGUCACAGUAA